AUGGUUGAGUAUGAAGCAUGUAUUUUGGGUCCUAUACCUGUCAUUGAGCAUAGAUUAAAGACACUUAAAGUGUAUGGAGAUUCAACUUUGGUAAUUUAUCAACUUAGAGGUGAAUGGGAAAUGAAAUAUCCCAAGUUGGUCCUCAAGCUCAUCAAAGAGUUCGAAGUAGUGACAUUCUAUUACUUCCUAAGAGAAAAGAAUCAAAUGGUGGAUGCUCUAGGCACUUUGGCAGCAUCCUUUAAAGUAAAUAAACAUUCAAAUAUGACACCCAUUGAGAUGCAAGCUUAUGAGUAUCCAGUGCACUACUAUAGCAUAGAAGAGGAAGACGAUAAAAAUAUCUGGUAUUAUGAUAUCCUGCAAUACAUCAGAUAUCAAAGUUACCCUGAGCAGGAAACUGAUAAUGACAAAAGAACUAUUCGAAGAAUGGUUGUAGGAUACGUGCUUGAUGGCAAGAUCUUGUACAAGAAAAGUCAUGAUCAGGUUUUGUUGAGGUGUGUAGAUGCUAAAGAAGCUAAAACAAUCAUUGAAGAAAUUCAUUAG